AUUGUGUUAAUCAAUCGUUAUUCAUCGUUAUUGUUAAUAGUUGUUAAUCGUUAUUGUGUUAAUCAAUCGUUAUUCAUCGUUAUUGUUAAUAGUUGUUAAUCGUUAUUGUGUUAAUCAAUCGUUAUUCAUCGUUAUUGUCAAUAGUUAUUAAUCGUUAUUGUCAAUAGUUAUUAAUCGUUAUUGUCGUCGUCGCCGCCGUCGUGGUCGCCGCCGCCGCCGCCGCCGUUAUUAAUCGUAUUGUUAUUAUUAUUAUUAUUAUUAUUAAUAUCUCACUCGCGUAGUCGCGUUUAAAAUCGUGAUAAACCAUUUGUAUUAUUACCGUUGAUUUUUUAUAUAUCGUCGUUACCGUUUGUUGUUUUUGAUUGUCGUCGUCGUCGUCGUCGAUAAUAAUCGCGUAAUCGUCGAGUAAUCGUAGCGGCGGCGGCGGCGGCGGCAACAGCUCCGGCGGCGGCACCGGCAGCAGCACCGGCAGCAGCAGCACCGGCAGCACGAGGACGACGCUUACGCCGACGCCACGACGACCAUGAGUUUUCUGUCGGCCCUGGCCGACGCCGUCAGGGCGGCCGUGUCGCCGGACGGCGGCGGCGGCGGCGUUUCGCAGCCCGGGCGGCAGCGGCAGCAGCGGCAGCAGCAUCAACGACAACGACUCGACGAGGACGAGCGGGACCGGCAGCAGCAGCAGCGAGGCGGAGGCGGCGGCGGCGGCGGAAGAGGAGGCGGCGGCGGCGGCGACAUGCGUUGGUCGUUUUUUCCCGACGACGUCGACGACGACGCCGCCGCCGGCAGUCCGCAGCCGACGGACCACCAGCAGCAGCAGCAGCAGCAGCAGCAGCCGGAGCCGACGGACCACCAGGUGCCGGAGACGGAGCGGAACCGGCGUCGGGACGGACUCGGGCCGGAGCGGCCGCCGUGCCGGGCGUGCACCGACUUUCGGACGUUUGCCGCGGACAGCCGACGCGGCCUCCCGCAGCAGCAGCAGCAGCCGACGACGUCGGCCGGCGGAGGCGGCAGUGACGGAGACCACCGGCGGCAGCGGCACGACCGAGACGGCCCGGAGGACGACCCGGAGUCGGAGUACCGCCGCGGGCGCGGCGACUACGACUGCCCGCCCGACAGGGACCUACUGGUUAUUAUUAAUACUGUUUAUCACCGUUGUUACCAUACGGUAGCGGUAACAAUAGUAGCAGCGGUAGCAGCGGUAGCAGUAGCAGUAGUAGUAGCAGUAGCAGCAGCGGUACCGGUAGCAGCAGUAGUAGUAGCAGUAGCAGUAGCAGCAGCGGUACCGGUAGUAAUUAUAAUAAUAUUUAUUAUUAUUAUUAUUAUCGUUAUCGUUGUGAUAAUUAUUACCGUUGCUGUUACUGUUGUUUUAUUUAUUAUUUUAUUAUUCGUUCAUUGCUUUCAUUACCGUUUUUCAUCACACCGGUGUGAAUAACAGUAGUAGCAGUAGUAGUAGUAGUAGUAGUAGUAGUAGUAGUAGUAGUAGUAGUAGUA